GGGUUUAGGGGAGGUGACGGAAUAGGGAUAGAGGGUCUGUUUGCGUUAGAUGUUGAAGGCGGGAAUUUAAUCCUCUUCCAAUCAACUCCACAUCUCGCCCUCUGGCGGCUCCGGACGGAAGGCCCAUCUAACUGUGAUUACUGGCAUGCUCCAAAAUCCUCACUGACCGUCCCCACGUGGGGGUCUGCGGGGUGUUUUCCAAAUGGGGGAGGAAGGGACAAGGGGCACCGUGCAUCUGCUGUGCCUCGCGGCCUCCAGCGGAGUCCCCCUGUUUUGCAGGAGCAGCCGCGGCGGCGCCGCCGCCCGUCAGCAGCUCCCGUUCUCUGUCAUCGGUUCCCUCAAUGGAGUUCACAUGUUCGGGCAGAAUCUGGAGGUGCAGUUGAGCUCUGCGAGGACAGAAGACACGACCAUUGUGUGGAAAAGCUUCCAUGACAGCAUCACCCUCAUUGUUCUGUCAUCUGAGGAGGGCAAUUCCGAGCUGAGGCUGGAGAGACUACUUCAGAUGGUGUUUGGGGCCAUGGUUCUUCUUGUGGGUCUUGAAGAAUUGACCAACAUCCGCAAUGUAGAGAGACUGAAGAAGGAGUUGAGGGCCAGCUACGGCCUCAUCGACAGCUUCCUAGGAGACUCAGAGCUCAUCGGGGACCUGACCCAGUGUGUGGACUGCGUAAUUCCUCCAGAUGGGUCCGUCCUGCAGGAAGCCCUCUCCGGGUUCGCUGAGGCCGCGGGCACGGCCUUCGUCAGUCUGCUGGUGUCGGGUCGCGUAGUGGCAGCCACAGAGGGCUGGUGGCGGCUGGGGACGCCCGAGGCCGUGCUGCUCCCCUGGCUUGUGGGGUCCCUGCUGCCGCAGACCGCCCGCGACUACCCGGUGUACCUGCCGCACGGGAGUCCCACGGUGAGUGGGUGGGGCCCGCCUGGGACCAGUAUGCGAGGGUGGGAUCGAUCUACAGGCCGGGUGGCGAGGAGGUGGGAUUUGCGAUGGGAAGGGGCAGAGCCGCGGUCACCCCGUGCCCUGCCUCAGGUCCCACACCGGCUCCUGACCCUGACGCUGCUGCCGGGCCUGGAGCUGUGUCUGCUCUGCGGGCCGCGCCCACCCCUCAGCCAGUUGUAUCCGCAGCUUCUGGAUCGCUGGUGGCAGCCACUGCUGGACCCACUGCGGGCCUGCCUGCCGCUGGGACCCCGAGCGCUGCCCGAUGGCUUCCCCCUGCACUCGGACAUCCUUGGGCUGCUACUCCUCCACCUGGAAUUGAAACGUUGCCUCUUCACUGUGGAGCCCUUGAGGGAUAAAGAGCCUUCUCCAGAACAGCGCCGGCGCCUCCUCCGUAACUUCUAUGGUCUGGUUACCUCCAUGCACUUUCCACCAGAGCCAGGGCCACCGGAGAAGGCAGAAGAUGUGGUCCACCAGGCCCAGCUGCCAAGAGCCUGCUACCUGGUAUUGGGGUCCGAGGAGCCAGGCACAGGAUUGCGCCUGGUGGCCCUGCAGUUGGGGCUUCGGCGGCUGCUGCUGCUGGUCUCUCCACAGAGUCCCACUCACGGGCUGCGAAGCCUAGCCACCCACACUCUGCAUGCCCUCACCCCACUGCUUUGAUCACCUGAGGAUGGGUGACAGACACCGACGUGGGGCCGUUAGCGUCUCUCUGUUUAUUCGCUCACAAUAAUACACAGCCCCUGGAUGGGGAGGGGUAAGAGGGGCUACGACGGGUGGGGGGGGAGGGGAGGAGGCACCCACUUCCCUGGCCCCUCUCCCCUCUGUGCUUGGGGGGGAAAGGGAGGGAGGGGGCUCCCCCUUACCCCCCUGAAUGUAAACAGCAGCAGAUGAACAAAAAUAAAAAUACAAAAGGCCGGA